AUGGAGCACGCACUCUUUUGGAUUCGGGAUCCGAAUGUAACUUCGUUUCGGAAAAGCUUUGUCAGCAUUUUACCUAAGGUAACGGUUAACCUUCCUACAUCUACGGUGGAUACUCAGGGAUUGGUCAUUCCUAAAGGUGUACGGCUAGCAGACCCGGGUUUCUUCAAAUCAGCUGGAGUGGUUCUAGGCAUUGAACUAUUCUUCAGCUUGUUCAACGUCGAUCGGAAAAUGUCACUCGGAAACAACAUGCCCACAUUGAUUGAUGCAGUGUUUGGCUGGGUGGUGUGUGGCACCAUGGAAAUACCCACGGCCGUGGAUCUUGUUAACUGUAAUAUGUCAAUGGUUAAUCGCUUGGAAGAUCUGCUCACACGAUUUUGGGAAUGCGAAGAGGUAACAACUCCAAUCAAAUCAACUCCAGAGGAAGACAUUUGCGAGGAAGAGUUUCAACGAACGGUUCAAAGAACAGAAGAUGGUCGCACGGAACGAAGACUGGACAAGGAAGCCAAUUUGGGUCAACAAUAUGAAGCUUUCAUGGAAGAAUACCUGCAGUUACAAGACAUGAAGGAAGUUCCGGAUGAUCCUAGGGAUGGAGGAAGGCGAUGCUACCUACCACAUCAUCCAGUGGUGAAGGAAGCGUCCACGACAACUAAGGUCCAACUAAGGUCCAACAACUAA